CGCGGGGGAGAGGUGGGGCGGGACCGCUCCGCCGCCUCUGGAAAGUUGUGAGGCGAACCCCAGAGACUCGCAGCCCAGGAACCCGCUGUUUCACCUUUCUCUUUAAACUCCGCCAACGGCCCCCAACCCACAGGUCCAGGUUGCUCCGCUGUUCAAAGUGCGUGCGGACUAGUUGGCAAAGUUGAGCGGCGACGUCUCUGGGAACAGCUGUUUGCGUUCGGGGCGGAGGCGGCGCACGAGCUCCUUGGCCACAAGCCAGCGAGCCUAGAAGGAGAGUGGAGGUUCUGGAGCCCAGGGGAGGAGAGAGCGCGGGAUGGCGCGGGGACUUGAGGUUUGAAGUCCGUACUUCAGCUCAAGUCCCGUCGCGCUUUCGCCCCUUCCCAGUGACCUCAACCCCUUUAUACCGACCCCACCUCUCAGGAGCCGGGAGUACCGCCCCUGUAGGGGGAGGGGACGAGGAGGCGAUUUCGAACGCGGAUUGGGUCGUCCGGGCACCCGUAGUGGGGAACCGUGGAACGCCGGUCCGGGGCAGGAGGGAGGCGUCCAGCCUUGGAAGGAGUUCGAGUGGUUCUCGCGGCGGGCCGGGCCUGGCUCGCCUCGCUUGGAGAGCGCGAGUCUGAGUUGGACCCCGGACUACGCGCGGAGCGGCCGGCGCAGUCAUGGCGGACUACUGGAAGUCACAACCAAAGAAAUUCUGUGAUUACUGCAAGUGCUGGAUAGCAGACAAUAGGCCUAGUGUCGAAUUUCAUGAAAGAGGAAAGAAUCAUAAGGAAAAUGUGGCAAAAAGGAUCAGUGAGAUUAAACAGAAAAGCCUGGAUAAGGCAAAGGAAGAAGAAAAGGCAUCAAAGGAGUUUGCUGCAAUGGAGGCAGCUGCCCUGAAAGCAUACCAAGAGGAUUUGAAAAGGCUUGGCUUAGAGUCAGAAAUUUCAGAACCAAGCAUAUCACCAGUAACCAGCACUGUUCCACCUUCCUCUACAUCAAAUCAACAGAAAGAACAGAAAGGAAAGAAGAAAAAAAAAAAAGAUCCUCCAAAAGGAAGAUGGGUAGAAGGCAUAACCUCUGAGGGUUACCAUUACUAUUAUGAUCUUAUUUCAGGAGCAUCUCAGUGGGAGAAACCUGAAGGAUUUGAAGGAAACUUAAAAAAGACAGCAGUGAAGACCAUUUGGGUAGAAGGUUUAAGCGAAGAUGGUUAUACCUAUUAUUAUAAUACAGAAACAGGAGAAUCCAGAUGGGAGAAACCUGAUGAUUUCAUUCCACACACUGGUGAUCUGCCUACUGGUAAAGUCAAUGAAAAGUCACUUGGCAGCCUGGAAGAAUCCAAAUCAUCAGAUUCACAUAGUGAUUCUGAUUCCAAUCGGGAACAGGAAGCAGAAGGAGAAGAGGUCUCUACAGAAACAAAAAAAACAAAAAUAAAGUUUAAGGAAAAAAAAAAUAGUGAUGAAGGAACUGACCCAGAAACACAGAAAGAAAAAAGUAUUCAAAAACAGAAUUCGUUGGGUUCAAAUGAAGAAAAACCCAAAACCCUUAAAAAAUCAAACCCAUAUGGAGAAUGGCAAGAAAUUAAACAAGAGGUUGAGUCUCAUGAGGAGGUAGAUUUGGAACUUCCAAGUGCUGAAAAUGAGUCUGUAUCAACUUCAGACGCUGAUGGUGGGGAACCCAAAGUGGUAUUUAAAGAAAAAACAGUCACUUCUCUUGGAGUUAUGGCAGAGGGAGUGGCCCCAGUCUUCAAAAAGAGAAGAAUUGAAAAUGGAAAAUCUAGAAAUUUAAGGCAACGAGGUGAUGAUCAAUAAUUGUAAGAGAGCUUUUUGCAUAUGCUUUUUAUACAGAAUGGAGACUUAAUUCAUAUUAAAACUUGUCUGUGUUUCUAAGUACUUUGAUGCUAAAAAUUUAGAUUUAUUCUAAAUGUAUUUUAUGUGAAUUAAAAUAAAUCUUUUUUUCAUGUGAAAUUUAUUUUUGUUCCUAAAAUGGAAGCUUAUUACCACAUUGCAUUGUAAUACAGUGUAUUAUGUUCAGUGUCUAAAAAUUAUUAAUUAUGUCAUAAUUUAAGAUGCUAUGUAUCUGUUAUUUAAAACAUGGGAAAACAAGGCCUUUAUUCCAUUCUUAUUCAUAUGAACAUACUUACCUUGCAUUGAAAAUGCAUUACUUUUGCACACUGAUGUUAACUGUUAUCAAAAAAAUAAGAUUCAGAGCACGUAAGAGAAGACUCACAGCCCAGUAAUGAUUCAGUUCUGAGGAUCCUGUCAGAAGGCUGAUGUAGAAAGUAUAUGCAUAUUGGCUUACCUUACUCAAUUUCAAUUUAAGGUCAGAGGCCAAAAACCAAGAGCAGCUCAGGUACUUCAAAUGUAGUGCUUAACAUGGAGUGAAAACUGGACCAAAGGUAGCGAUGUGUAUUUGCCCUAGUUCACUUCAAAGCAACAAACAUUGCUUAAGCAUUUUACUUUGAGCCAGGCAUUAUGCUAGGAACCCAGGGAUAUAAAGAGGAAUCAAAUAUAUCUCUGUUCUUCAGGAGUUCGCAUUCUAACAUAGUCCUUUUUCUCCCAGUCAUGCACUCUUUUUAACAGCCUAUAUGUACUGGAAAAUAUUUUUUAAGGCUUAUUUAAAGCUGUGUAGAUGAAGGCUUGAACUAAAAUAGUUUUCUGGCUUCAGUAAAAGUUUUUGGUGUCACUUAGACAAAUUAGAAAUUUCCCAUUUUCUGGUUAAAUUUCUUAAAAAGUAGAAUUUGCUUAUUUAAUCCGUUUGAAGUAGGUACUUCCCUUUAAAGUAUAUUUUUCAUAAAUUGUACAGUAUUUAACUUUUGGUAGUAAAUAUUUGUCUUUUUAAGAUUACUAGUGUACAUGUAAGAAAAAGAUAGCUUAUUAAAAACUUUAUGAAAGA